AUGCCAAACAGCAAUUUACAAUUAAAAAAUGAAAAUUGGGCUAUAUCUUUUUUAUUUUUUAGUUUUAAUAUUAAAGAUAUGCAUAUAAGAAAGAAAAUUGUUAUUGGAAUGAUUAUUUUAUGUAAGAUAUACUGUAAACUAGAAACAAGUAGCUAUGUGUCGUUGCAUAAUAAAAAUAUUGAUGGUAAAGGAUUGAAAAUUCGACUGGGGGGGUCUUUAUCUCCAAUAGGCCCGUUCUUUUCUGAGAAGCUUAAUCUAAUGCGUGCAAAACGGUAUUUUUCGUCGGAGAUGGAUAUACAGUACAAUCUAAAUAUUUAUGCUACGAAUAAUGUGUGGGAAUUAAUAGACUUUAAUAGAAAAUUCAAUAGUGAUACUGCUCAUUCAAAAGAGAUACUUGCUAAGCACUGCAAGAAUCCAAUUUAUAUUAGAGAUUAUCACCAAACAAUAGCACACUUAUUUCCUUCUUUACUUAGCAAUCUAUCUAUAUAUACGUGUGGAAAGAAUUCAUUCAUGAGGUUUAUUCAAAGUGAGCAUGUGGAUGAGCACAGACUUAAUAUUUUAGCCUCAUUAUUUUUAUUAGCAGAGGGUGUGGAUAUACCACUGACUGUAGAAGGCACUGGGUCGAAACAGAUGCUAGUUCUAAAGGACAUUAUCACUGGAGAAGAGAAAUUCUCUUUAAGCAUGCUUGCUAUGUGCAAUGUAAAGUAUGCUGAUAACACAAUGAAGGAUGUUAAACUAAUACAACGAAAGGCUGUUAGUGUUAUAAAAUUCUUUAUAGACAAUAAAACGAAUCUAGAUAUACGGGAAGGAGGUGAAUAUGCAGAGCCUAAAACCUAUGAGGAGUUUAAAACUGGAAAGUUUUUAUGUAAUUCUAGAUGGCUAAUACAGUAUUAUAUAUUUGAGUACUUGGAGAGUGAAGAUAGUACAGUUGAACUUGCAAAAAUCGUGUAUUCUAUGCUUAUGGAGAGUAUAGAAAAGAAAAAGAGUGAAGAGAGUGAAGAAUCAAAUGAUGAAGUGAAAUAUUUGGAAAGCAUUGUUAAUAAGUGUUUUGUGAGGUCUAAUGGGAUGUGUCUAAGAAUUGGAGGAUGCGUACAUUGGACUUGUUGUAUGGCAAGGACUUUUUAUGUGAUACAUUUUCAUUUAUGGGUAUUCAUGAUUUUCCACUCUAUAAAUGUGUUCCCUCUUAUAAUAGAAAAGAAAAUUCCUUUAAUAAUAGUAUUCUGUACAGCAAUCAUGCUGAAGUAG